AUGGCUCGUCGCCCAACUAACAAGUCCUAUCUCGCAUCUGCAUAUCCAGAAGGACCCUGGGACAGCGUCAUGCGCGUCAUCGGCGUCGCGCAUACAUGCGUCCAUCAUAGUGGGAUUCCGCGAAUCCAGACCGAUGUGCGGAUGACGACCAGGUUUGUUGGUCCUAAGCUCGGCCCAGGAAUAAGCUCGGCCCUCUUCCUGGGCCACUGGGGUCUCCGGAAGCAUGGCGCUGUUGGAAAGUCAGUGGGCUGA